CGAAGCGUUGUCAUCUGACUGAAAGCAAAUUACUUUCUGAUCUUCUGACAAAAACAGACAACAGUAUUUUCAGCAUCUGUUCUUCAUCUGAGGGGUUUGACCGGAUCAAGAUGCUGCUGAUCGUUGAAGCUCUUCUUCUCAUUUUAUCUGCUCCAGGACAGCAUCUGUUCUUCAUCUGAGGGGUUUGACUGAAUCAAGAUGCUGCUGAUCAUUGAAGCUCUUCUUCUCAUUUUAUCUGCUCUAGGACAGGAUCACAGAGAUGCUGUUGAAAGACAGAUAUAUCCACUGGAUAUGGCACCGAAUUCUGUUGAUGAUCAAUAUUUUGGCUGUAGAGAGAACAUGAAAAAACAGGUGGAGAGAAAUUAUCUGAAGAAGGAACUCAGUAACUCAGCUGAUUUUAAAAUGGCUUGGCAAGAAAGUGAAAAGAAUGUUGGCCAUAAUUGGGUAAUUUGGGACCCAUUUAAAAAACAACACAAAAUUGCCAUCUAUAUCUACACUCAACCAAAUUUUAAUAUAUUUAGUCAAUUUAACAGUGACACUCGUCAUGGCAAACAAAACUAUACAGGCAUGAAGUUCAAAUGGUAUUCACUUUACUUUCUGUUAACAGAUGCAAUACAGAUUCUGAAGAAAACACAAAAUAGAUGCUUUAGGACUUUUCGUGGUACAAAUGUUCAAUUGAAUGGGCAUGUUUCUACAGACAUUCGUUUCGGCUCGUUUACAUCCUCCUCUUUUGAUCGUGACAUAGCAAAACGUUUUGGAACUAAAUCUUGUUUUGAAAUCCGCACUUGUGAAGGUGCUGAGCUGACAAAAUAUUCUAAGCAUCCUGAGGAGAAAGAAGUGCUGAUUCCUCCUUAUGAGACGUUUAAUGUCAUUGCCGUCAAGACGAGAAGAGAUCAGACAAAUCUCUGGUGUGACACUGUGUAUGAGUUGGAAAGCUCUGGAACAAGAAGUGCCCUGAACUGUGCUCUGUUCAACAAUGAACCAACACCACAGGGAAGCACUAUGGUGUGAGCUGAACAAAGUGCUUUGUAUUUACAUGAUAUAGUCAUAUACAGUACAUCAGUUCUGGACAAAAAAAAAAAAAAAAAAACUUGCUUUCUUUAAUGUUGUACUAGUUUUAACAUUCUUUUGUUAUGUUUAACUACUAACCAGUUAACCGUUUGAUACUGCAUGUUUCUUGUUAUUGUCUUGUUUUAUUGCACAGCACAAUGUACGAUUAGGUUUAAAAGGUAAUCAUCAGAAAAAUUGCUUUAAGCUUUUUUUUCAUAUUCAACUUCUGUAAACCAAAUAAAUCUCUCAAAGCAUCUUAUUUUCUCUCAUAAUUCUCGUUGAUAAAACAUUUUGUGUUUGCAUGUUACAGUGGGAACAUAAAUCAAAGUGAUCAACUGUGAACUUUUUCAACAAAAUUUAGGGAAAUAAUGCUUCACAACAUUAUCCUGUGAUGUUGAGAAUCUUAAGAUGGAAAAUUUUCCUCAUUUUUAACACACUACACAAGAUACAUGUAAAAAUAUAUAAUUUACAACACAACUUUACAACAGUAACUGAAAUCACAUUGCACUCCAAACACUGGUUCAAAUCAAAAGAUGUGUAAAGGCUUAUAGACCAUGUGUGUAUUACAUGUCUAUUUUUCCAUCAUAAAUAUAGAUAAAUAUAGAAAAUGUUGCACUAGUUAUUGUUUUGCAAUACAUAAAUAUUGCAUAAAACUCAAUACAUUUUAAAUGUAAUACAAAUAUAUAGGCCUACACAUGUAUGUUGACCAAGAGUGUAGAGUGUCCUAUCAGUUUAGCUUUAACCCUAAAAACAUAUGCUUUUGUCUUUGGUCAUUUCAUGGCUAUCAGUUUAUAGCAAACAUUCAGGGUGGCAUGAUGAUCUAACACCGUGUCCUAACCAGACGCGACAUGGCACACGAUAAAAGGUGUCUGUCCUAUGUUAAUCUGAGUUUUUUUUUAAACAAAACUCUAAUAGAGUAUUUAAAUGUAUUGGAAAAAAUAAUAUGUCACUGCUGCAAACUGACCUUUACAAAGUGAACGGAGGCACUGCUUUACCAUAAACAAGACCAAACGUUGAACAAUAUAAACUAAGGGUAUGUUCACAUGGCAAUGAUGUAUGAUGCUCAGCAUCGUCAAAAUGAUCGGAUCUGAGAAAAUGACUAAAAAGACUAUUAUGCAUUCCAGGCCAGUAGUCAAAAUACACCCCGCAAAAACGCAAUAUGUAUACGUGAACAAGUUUCCAUCAUAUUAUUGAAUAAUUAGUGCUUUCUACCAGCUAUAGCAUAACUGCUAAAUCAUUUAAAUGCAAUGCAUCAUAAAACAUACAUUUCCAAUACUCAGAAAAUGAUUUUUUGAAUUAAUUUCAAUGCACUUAAAUCAGUUAAUUUUAUGAGCUUAUUAUUUUUAUGUAAAGAUUUACUUUAUCUUCGCUGAAGAGUUUCUGUCAUGUUGGAGUUUUUGUGGUUUUCAUUAAGAAGAGUGACACUUGUGGUUUUGUUGUGAGGGGGUUAUUUUUAACAACAUGACGCUUUAUGAAACGAGCAAUAGCUGCUAAAACCUGAGUCUCUUCUUAAAGGAUUAGUUCACUUUCAAAUGAAAAUUUCCCCAAGCUUUACUCACCCUCAAGCCAUCCUUGGUGUAUAUGACUUUCUUCUUUCUGAUGAACACAAUCAGAGUUAUAUUGAUAAAUAUCCUGACGCAUCCGAGCUUUAUAAUGGAAGUGAUAGAGAUUUAGUGCUCAGAAAUUACAAAAGCGAAAGUAUUUCUUUUAAAAAGUCCUCCCAUGUGGAGGACUUCAUUGUCAUUUAUUAGGCUGUAUUAUGAUAGUUUUGUCUACUUUUAAUGCACGAUAGAUGUUUUAAACUCUAUCUUUAUGUUAGUUCUCCUGAUGAUCGCUGAUGGUGCGUAUGAGGCUACAUUAAUGUAAUUGUAAAUCAGCUUUAGCAUUUUUCUUCCUCUUUUUACACAUUAGCUUCAUCUGUUUCUUUUGCCCGAUUCAUCAGAUGAGCAGUACAGAGACAGAGUUGAGCUCUUCACUGCUGAAAUCCCCAAAGGAAACUUCUCUCUCAGAGUGUCUGAACUGAGGACAAAGGAGUUUACACGUGUCAAGUGUUUGCUGGAGGUUUAUCUGUGUGCUGUGGAUAUUGUAGAGAUUUUUUUAACAUCACACCAUUUCAUCUAAUUAUGCAAAUUUUGCUAUCAAAUGUCCCAUGCAUCUUCCUUUCACUAAUGUUAUUCUUUCACUUGAAUUCUUAGGAAAUGGUGAGCGCUCCUUUAAGGAUCUGAGGGUCAUUGUCUUCCCCUCCGAAUGUGUUUUUGCCUUGUAUUGGCUCAUAUUACAAAUGCAUGCUUACUGGAAGACUGUUGCAACUGAACCUACACGCACUCAGCAGAACUCACAUCAAAGACAAACACGUAAACUCAUGAACACAGCAGAGACUCAUGAAAUGGAGAAUCUGUCUGCAGAUGAUUCUGCUGUUUCACAGACGCUGUCAUGAGACACAGAUUCUUCUGCAUUUAUCUGAAACUGUGACUGCUGUAACAAACAGACUGAAUGAGGCUGAAGACUCUAAAUUGUGAGGCAGAGUUUGGGGGCAUUCUGUUACAAAUAACUUUGAUAGUUUCAUAAUGGUUGCUAAAUCAUUUCAGCAGUGAAUUGUGCUUUUUGUGGCUUUAUAAUUUAGUUUUUUUGUUUGUUUUCUUUGAACUAAAAUUAAAUAUUUUGUUCAUGAAAUGAUUAAGGUACCGCUCUUAUGUAAAUGUGGUGUUUUUACAAAAAUAUUUUUUUAAGAAUGUUGUUUUUACGUACAAUGACUUUUUUAAAGUGGAUCUGCUUAAGUUUGUGUUUUUAUUCUGAUAAUGUCUCAGGGUAUGUUCUGAUUUCUGUCACACCUGACUAUACUGGGUUUCUUUCAGAUUUCUUUGGAUUACAGUUAAUAAGUGGUACAUAUACAGUAUGUCUUGCCAAUCACAAAAUAAUAAAAGCAUGUGCAGAGGUUCAUUUUGGUGAUGUGAGUGAUGAGACAGUGGAUUUAUUUUAAAUAUAUUCAAAUACAUAUUUUAUUUUAUGCAUUUUCAUAUAAUCUGAUAUGUGCUAUGUAUGCUGUAUGCACAUAUAGGCCUUGUGUGUCAGAGAAACAAGUGCAAAUUUUGUGUUUGAACUUUAGUUUUUGUGGUAGCUCAGCAUAUUUCGAGCUUAUUUAUCCAUUUAACUAGCUCAGUGCCAGGGAAGUGCAAAGGAGUCACAAUAUUGAAAUACAGUGUUUCUUUUAAAGAUAAUAUUUUAUAUUAUGAAAAGAAGAGUGUAUGUAUAUCCAACAAAACUGAAAUGGAUGCAGGAAUAAAAGUGUGACAGCAAUAUUUGCAUACAUUUGCACAGUUGCAGUUAAUUAUUAACUUCACUUUGUUCUGCUGAAGAUCCACUGGAUAUAAAUGUUAUCAUGAAGUCAGGUGAUAUGCAAACAUGUUUAUAUUUGAAAGUAUCAACAUAAGCUCCUGUCCAGCUGUUUUUGGCUCUUGCAUAUUAGAAAAUGACUUGUAUAAAUAUUUUGAUGCCAUUUGAACACACUUUUAAAUAAAGAAUUAAACAUUUUUGUGCACCAUCUUACUACUGAAA